GCCGGGGGCUGGUGCGGGAGGGGGCGCCCGCCUGCUCGGCGGCUCGCGCGACUGGUCGUUGCGGGCCGGUGACAUGCCUGUGAGCUGCGGAGGCUGCGGCCCCCAGAAAUACCCAGGGUUGACCGGGAAUUUCACUGUUGGUUGUGGCUGUAACAGCUCGGUUUAUGAGAGAUCAAAGAAUGUAAGGCAGUCAGAAAAACGGAUUCCCAGGCUGAACUGAAAUUCACAAAAGGAAGGAAGCAGGAAAAAAAAAAUGGACUGGGACAACCCACCUUGGGAGAGCACAGAGGUGGUGGCUACUGUUUGGGCAAGGAAGGAUUGGUGUUUUAUGGACUAAUUCUUCAUUGAUUACACAGAAAAGCAAUAUAGUUAUGGCAGCCGUCCAGACUUCGAGAAACAGUCACGUGAAGACUAGAGCAUCUGUCAGAAAAAGUUUCAGUGAAGAUGUGUUCCAGUCGGUCAAGUCUUUAUUACAGAGUGAGAAGGAACUAUGCAGUGUAUCAGCGGAGGACUGUUUAAAGCAGGAGGAACAUGCCAAUUUGACUGAGGUCACAUUUCUAGGUUUUAAUGAAGAAACAGAUGCCGCUCACAUACAGGAUUUAGCUGCAGUUUCUUUGGAACUUCCAGAUCUUCUGAAUUCACUGCACUUCUGCAGUCUAAAUGAAAAUGAAAUUAUUUGUAUGAAGGAUAUAAAUAAAUCAUCAGAUGGAAACAAUGGUUCUCCAAAUCAGAGUCACCAUUCUGGAAUGCUCUGUGUCAUGAGAGUGUCACCUACAUUACCAAGGCUCAGAAUUGAUUUUAUCUUUAGCCUGCUAAGUAAAUAUGCUACUGGUAUAAGAUAUACCCUGGACACAUACUUGCAUCAGAAGCGCCAACUUGAGACUGCUCAGGAAGAUGAUGACGACACCAACCAGUCCGUGUCUUCCAUAGAGGAUGACUUUGUCACUGCUUUUGAGCACUUAGAGGAAGAAGAGCCUUUAAAGCCGUUUACUGAUGGAAUAAGCAUUGCUGCACUAAAGAGCCAGUGUGAUGCUGCUUCACAGACUUCUUCUGGUCACCAUCUAGAAACCCAUGAUUUAAGAAUUCUGGUUAGCUCUGGGAGGCAGAAGUCAUUGGCUAAACCUUCAACUUCCUUAAUAAAUAUGCUGGGACAUAAAGAACUACCUUCUGUGAAAACUUCAGUCACAACAUUAAUUUCUGAGCCUUGGAUCCAAAAGAGUUUCUAUAGAUCAUCUAAUGCUUCAGAUAAAGGUAGUGAUACACAGAAAAUGUUUUUUUCUUCUUCUCCUGCCUAUUCCUCUGAAUCUGAAUGCUCAAGUCCAAGUCCUGUUAUUUUCUUGGAUGAAGAAGGAUAUCAAAAAAGUUUAAAAGCAAAACUUGAGUUACCUAAAAUUCCUGUGAUAAAAGAUGAUAUAGAGGAUUCAGACUCAGAAGUAAGUGAAUUUUUUGAUAGUUUUGAUCAGUUUGAUGAGUUAGAACAAACUUUAGAGACUUCUUGUCCAUUUCUAAAAGAUCCUGUUGUAGGGAAGCCGUCGCAAAAGAAAGGACACAAACAUGAAAAAUCUUGUUCUGUAACUACUACUAUGAAUCCUCAAAAAUUCAAGUUUGAGCGUCCAGCUCUCCCAGCUAACGUUAGAAAGCCAACUCCUCGUAAACCAGAAUCCCCUUACAGUAACCUGUGUGAUGCCCCGGAUUCACCUCGCCCAGUGAAGGCGUCAGGGGAGGACAGUGGUUUGUUUAGCCCUAUUCGAUCCUCUGCCUUUAGCCCUCUUGGAGGUUGUACUUCUGCUGAAUGUUUUUGCCAAACAGAUAUUGGUGGAGAUAGGAUUCAUGAAGAUCAUGAUUCUGUUUAUUACACCUAUGAGGAUUAUGCAAAUAGCAUCUCAUGUAAGGUUCUGGGCUCUGUUCUUCAUACCCAACAUACUAAUGCCACAUCAGACAUUAAUAGCAUUAAGAAGGGAGAAAAUAAAACCAUAGCUCUUCACAGUGGAAGCAUUGAUCAAAAAAGUAAAUCUAAAAAUAAAUCCUUGAUGAUUAAAGAUACUAUUCAGAAAUUUGCCUCAGACCUUGUGGAAAAAAGUUUUGGCAGUGCAUUUAAAGACUUACAGAAAGGAGUCUCUUCGUGUACCAAUGCGUUGUGUCACCUGGCUAUCAAAUUGACAUCCUCUGUUUUUCAGAUGGCAUUUAACGAGCUGAGAAGGCAGUGUGCGUUUUCACUGAGAGAACGUGCUGUUAGUGGUCUGGCUAAUUUUUUGGUGAGUGAAGCUUUAUCAAAUGCUUUCAGGGAUUUACAGUAUGUAAAAAAGCAGAUAUUCACAAACACAGUCGCACGGUUUGCUGCAGAUCUUGCGGAAGAGCUUGUUUUUGAAGGCAUCAUGGAGGUGUGUCAGUUUUCCUGUCCCCCAACACCCGCAUCUCCACAGUGUUGGCCGUUUGACUAUGAAGACAAAGCAGUGAAGUCCUACGCAAAAGACCUGUCUGAGUCUGUAUUACAGGAAGCAUUCAUCGAGCUUUCACAAGCCGGUGUGACCUUCUCAACCAAGGCAGCAGUUAGUGUUUCCACAGAUACCAUAAAGGAUGUCAGUGCAGGAAAUUUAGCGCUGCCGACACAGACCUCCACGUUUUCCCCUGCUUUUAACAACCAGACCCUUAUGGAGACAAAACCCAUGCAGGAACAUAAAAAGGAAUACACAGUACAGCAGGCCUUGUUUUGUACUUCUGGAAUUGUUACUUCGAUACCAGUACCCUUGGCAGGAAGUGCCCUUCUCCCAUAUCAUAUCUCAUCUAAUAUAUAUCAGUCAAAAUCUCGUCGGUCAUCGGAUGAUAGUAAUUUGAAUGGCGAUUCUAUCCAGACAUGUGUUACCACAAAAAACAAAGACGAGGAAGUAGCGUGUCUCAGAAAUAUUUGUUUACCCUCAGACCACAAUCCAGGUAACCAGAAUGACUUUAAACCAACUAAUGAUGCUGCUGAAGUGCAGAGCUCUUCAAAAUUAACAAGUGAUCCUGUGAUUAUUAACAACUUUUCUGCAGCAAUGGUGCAUACGAUUGUAAAUGAAACUUUAGAGUCAAUGACAUCAUUCAAAUGUACAAAAACAGUUGAUGAACAAACAGAUGGUGUAACUAAAACAGUAAAGGGAGAAACCCUUCCUUUCUGUUCUGAUCAAGCAACAGUGCAACAGAGCGAAGUUAGCAAUAAGGAUAUGUUUGCUGAUCGAUUAUCUAAAUCUAUUAUUAAACAUUCCAUCGAUAAAAGCAAAUCAGCGAUCUCAAAUGUAGAUAAAAAUGCUGAACGCAAGGAAAACUUGCUUGUUCCUGGAGAAGAGUCACAGUUGACCUUGGAAAAGUUCCCCAAAUUUCUCGAUGGUCAAGAUCACUUAACCCCCUGUUCACUUUCAGUAGGAAAGGACUGUGUUCCAGAAUGUAAAGGUUCUAUAGUUCAUGGAUUUUCUUUAGAGACACCACAACCUUGUCCGACAAUUGUGGCUCAGAAACCUGAUUUGAAGGAAGUUGCUAAAGACAAAUCCAUGAAAAAGGAUAAUUUGAAUAAUGCAGCACUUGAGCCCUUGUGUUUUGGUCAAGACCACCCUUGUCCUCAUUCACAUACUUUCUCCUCUACAGUGCUUACGUGUGUAGAUGGUUUGCACGUGGAAGAUAAACAGAAGAUUAGAGACGGCAAUGUGAUACCCGAUACUCCUCCAUCCACUCCUCUAGUACCAUCCCAGGCUAGUUCUGAAUGGGAUAUCAAGAAGUUAACCAAAAAGCUCAAGGGGGAAUUGGCAAAAGAAUUCGCACCUGCUACACCACCCUCUACACCUCACAACUCAUCUGUUGGUAGUUUGUCUGAAAGUGAACAAGAUACUAUAGAAAAAGAAGAGUUCAUGUUGAAACUCAUGCGAUCUCUUUCAGAAGAAGUGGAAAGCAGUGAAGACGAAGAGCAUCCGGAAGUGGAUGUGAAGUCAGAGCACUCAGGGAAGAAAGUUCAGUUUGCGGAAUCGUUAGCUACGCACAUCAUUUCUCUGGCCACAGAAAUGGCAGCUUCCCAUUUAGAUAAUAAAGUAACUCAGGAACCCAAGGUUAAAAGCCCUUGCUUAACUGUGAAGAGUCAAAGAAGUGUGUCACCUACUGCUUUAAGUCACUCAGAGGAAAACUUACAAAUAUUAUGCAAUUUUGCAGGUGACCUGGCAGCAGAAGUCAUUACGGAGGCUGAGAAAAUAGCAAAAGUUAGAAGCUGUGUGCUUUUCAGGCAAAGGAGGAAUAGUUGUUACGUGGACGGUGGCCGAGACGAUAGAUCAGAAGAGAAGUUGGAGAUGGAGGCUCUAGCAGACCCCAAAGAAGUAGAUCCGUCCAGUCUUUCAUUACCACCAAGUUCUUGUGUGUCUGGUCUGACGUACAAGUAUCCCAGCUGCGAAAGCGUGACAGACGAAUAUGCAGGUCACAUUAUCCAAGUGCUCAAACAGGAAGGUGGUAAUAGUGAGUUAAUAAUGGAUCAGUAUGCCAAUAGACUUGCCUAUCGAUCUGUUAAGUCGGGAUUACGAGAAGCAGCGAAGGCAGCCCAAAUGAAGUGCGGCUCAAAAAUGUUCUCCGUGCAGAGCUCGCAGGUGACAACCAAGAACGACCUCUUAAUAUUCUUAAAUAAAGAACACCACCAAGAAGUAGAUCACGAACGACAAAGUAAAAGAAGUGGAGUUUACCUUUGCAAAAAUAAAACUUGUGAAUGGACGCUGGAUACAUACAAAAAUGACUGCUCUGAACUGUAUAGUUUUUCAGCCUCUCUUGCUCACAGCAUAACACGAGAUGUUAAAAAAGAGCUGACAGUGUCUACAGUUGGCUUGCCAAAAUCCUUAACAGAUUCUUGCCUUUAUGAAAAGUCUGGACGUGAUGAAGAAACCAGGUCGCCCGCUGAGCCAGAAUUUCCUCAGGCUCUUCAGCCUUCCCCGCAAAAUCACAGAUUUUACCACAGUACAGGCAGCUUAAAUGGGUUUGGUUAUGGAGAGAGUGUGGUUCAAGCUAUAGAACAGUAUGCGAAAAAAGUAGCGGAUGAUACCUUAGAGCUCAGUUUAGGAUCUGCAGUUUUCCAUGCGUCUGAGUCCACAAAAGCAGCUGAUAGGGUCACUUAUGCAGAAAAGUUGUCACCUCUUAUAAGUCAACCCUGCAGAUAUUGUGACCGUAAAGAACUGCAUGAUUGCACUGGAAAUUCAUCUCAACAUGUUUCCAGGCAGGAUUCACUUGCUACUAGUCAGCCAGCUUCUAAGUCAAAACUUAGCAACAUCUAUCAGGAAUCUAGAAUUUUUCAUCUUGAUGUCCCACAAAUUCAUGUUGGUCUUGAUAAGAAGACAGUGCUUGCGGAGAAGAUAGUUGCUGAAGCUAUUGAAAAAGCAGAGAGAGAACUGAGCAAUACCAGUCUGGCGGCUGAUAGCGGGAUUGGACAGGAUGGCGUUAGCUUUGCUGAAAGCCUUACCACAGAAAUAAUGACGUCGGCGAUGACCAAUGUUGGACGUGCUGUUAGCAGUCCAAAAGAAAUAGAAGACUUUCAGUCAACUGAGUCUCUGGGCAGCCAGCAGCUAAACCUCAGUAUUGGUGAUGACAGCACUGGCAGCUGGUCCAAUUUAAGUUUUGAAGAUGAACACCAGGAUGAGAGCAGCAGUUUUCAUCACCUAAGUGAAAGUAAUGGUAACAGCAGUAGCUGGAGCAGUCUUGGUUUAGAAGGAGAUUUGUAUGAGGACAAUUUAUCCUUUCCAACAACAGACAGUGAUGGGCCAGAUGAUAAAGAUGAAGAUCAUGAGGAUGAUGUAGAAGGUUUGGAGCAAGACCGAAAGAUUCUGCUCAUUACAAAUAUCGACAUGGAGCCGUGCACAGUAGACCCCCAGCUAAGGAUUAUCCUUCAGUGGCUCGUCGCUUCGGAGGCUGAAGUGGCAGAACUUUGUCUUCAUGACUCUGCGAAGAAGGAGUUUAUACAACUUUCAAAACGACUACAAGGAAAGGGAUGGAAGGUGGGGGACCUCCUGCAGGCUGUGCUGCGGUACUAUGACAUGCGGGAGAAGACGCCGGGGGAGGAGAGGUGCAAGUCACUGUUUGACUGGCUCUUGGAAAACGCAUAGAACAAACGCACAGCCGGUCCAUUUUAUUGUUUGGGGAGAGGAAGUAACAGAUAAGGAUGCAUAGGGUAAACUGUUACCACUUACCGUGAACUGGGAGGGAAGUAGAUAGAGCUUUUUAAAAGCGCAUUCCGUCAUCCCACGUUGUAUAUAUAUAGUUCAUACUUUUGUAAUCUCUGUCAAAUAUGAUCUUCAUUUAUUCUUCUAGACACGUGCAUAGUGUGUUAAGAUCCUAAGAACACUGAUUUGACGGAAGGUCUGACCAUGAGGUUUUCAGGGACACUGACUGACAGCAUUCUUUUUGCAUCCAAGUUAGUGCUGCUAUGAACCGCACCCAGGCGGCCAAGGACGUUGCAGACAAAUGCUAUCCUGUUAAGAACUAAUCUGACAAAAUAGCUUUGAGGCUAAUGGUUUUUCUUCCCCCAAUAGAAUUUUUUUCUUAUUUUUAAAAGUCAUUUUUAUUUUCAUAGCUCAGCUAUUGGUAGGUUUUUGAAUCCCCCCAAACUAUUUAAUUUCUUAGAAACGUUAGUAUUUUAGGUUUCUCUAAAUACCGUAAGUGAUAGUUUCCCCAGCCUUUCAUUAAAUGACAUUAUUUGCUAAUGUUGCCAAUCCAUCUGGCAUGAAAGUGUGUGUGUGUGUGUGUGUGUGUGUGUGUGUGUGUGUGUGUAGAGGAAUACUUUUGACUUGCCUAGUGGGUUUGUGCCCUUUUUUAUUUUACUGUUUUCUUGGUUAGAAACCCACUGUUGACAUUUAAAAGGUGCUUUAAAAUAAAAUGUCUAUAAAGAUUGUGCAGUAAGAAUUUUUAUUUCUUGUUUUUUUUUUUAACUAUUUUGCAUCCCUAAUUUAUCCUAUAAAUUAAAAUAAAGGUGCAAAACAUGUUAAAAUUUUAAAAAUUAAUGUUAAUAUGGAAAUGCAUUUAGAGAAGCCCAAUAAUUUUCACUGUUGGAUUUUUGAAAAACAAACAACUCUCUUCUUAGCAAGGAUGAGCUUUUUCUAGAAAAAGAAGGGAUGCCCAGGCUCCCUCUCCCCCAUAAAAUAGUAUCUGCACUGUUUUGUAAAGUUGACUGACAUGAUUUUUCUGGGCUCUGUGUUUUUUUACUACCUUGUCUUUAGAAACUGCAAGUUGACUCGAAUAGUGCUUGUGUGUUGGUUUUGUACGUGAGGGUAUGCGCGUGUGAGCUUUUGGUUCUUCCAUUAGUGGAUUUUAUAAUCUAGAGUAAAUCACCUUUUGUUGGGGGUUUGGUUUUGCUCCAUUACAUUUUCUUUUUUCCUGCCAUUGCAUUUUCUUUUUCCCUGAGCACUGACUGUUCUGGAAGCUGCACAAAGUGUAGAAGACAUAAGCACCCACCAAGGGGCAAGGAAUAAGGGCACUUACAUUAAUUUGAAUUAAUAAUUAUGGUAGAGAAAUGUAUUUUGUAAUGAGAGAGUAAAAUUUGCUUUGUAAGAAAAAUACCAAAAGCCACUUAAAUAUUUUGAGAUUACAUUGUAAGCUUUGGUUUUUCUCAACUUAAGAUACAGAAAUGGAGUGAGCCUUAAAAAUAAAUUUGCCUAAAGUUUCUUCAAGUAUUUUUUAAGGUGGAGAAAUGCAGGAAAUGUAUAUAACCAGAAUUGUUUCUGUCUUUUGCUUCUCAGAACUUGAGAUUUAGCAGCACUGGACUGGGUUUAUACACGCUGGCACCUGGGUUGUUGAUGAUAACACGGAUUUAUGGUUUAUUAAGCUUGGAUUGAAUUUUUACAAGUAUAUAACUAUCAAGUUGUGUUUAUUAACUUGGAUAUAUGUACAGGUGUGAUUAACAGCCAGAUUGUGUUCGGACUUUCUUUUCAGCUAAAGUGAAAAUAUAUUAGUUUCGUUAAAACUUUCUGUGCUUGAAAGUGUUUAUGUUUAUUUCUAUUAUGGUAGAAAUCAUUUUGAAGAUUUUCCUCCUGUCUUUGUUUUCUCUGCAUUUACCUGGAGCUUUGCUGGAUUCAGAGUUCCCUGAUUUAGCCACGACGUAAGGACAGACCAGUCUUUAGGUGUUAGUUAGCAUGCAUGGUAAGAAUCCUAGUGGAACUCUACCCCUGUAUCAGUUUCACGCAGGGGCAUAGAGAAAAAUAUUAAGUAUUGGCAGAUGUGAAAAGAAGCGUGAGUUAAAGCUCCUUGUAGGGAGAGAAGUAUCUUUUAAUCAAGUGCAGUCUAAACUCACAUUCUUUAAAGGCACUUUGUGAUUAUUCCAAAGACAUGUUCCGUCUGUUUGGUUGCCCAGUCUUCAGAACAGCUCUGUUUGUUGAGGACUACCCGUCUUAUUUUAUUACAGAUCUACUUGACCUAUUUGUAUUAUAUAACAUUGUGAUCUUGCCAUUCUGUGCAUUUUGGCUCUUACGAAAUUACCAUGUCUUACUCAGAACUGUUAAGUUGUGAUGUGCGUUGAGUUGAAUUCUGUUUAUCAAUUUCAGAACCCUUGAAGGAUCUGUGGGAAGAAAGUGGACGAGGCCUUCUGAUAGGUUUUUUUUUUUUUUUUUAGAACAUUAUUUUAGACUGAAAUGUAACAAUUCUUUGAUAGUCUUUUCCCAAGCCACGUUUAAACUACAUUUAUAUUUUGGAUGUUAUUAAUGUUGAUUUUGAAAAUACUUCCUGAUUUAUACAAAAUGAAUGAUUCAUUUGUAAAUCACAGAAGAAAAUUAAAAUAUCUAUUGGGAUGGUUGAUAGAAUUUAAUGAAGUAAUAAAACCUCUGAGAGUAUUCACUCGGUGAAUAUACGUGAUAACAUCUUUAUACUUUGUAAAAUGUUCCACUUACCCUUUCAGAUAUUUGAUGUGAAUUAAUUCAAUUCAUAAUACUUCCAUUUUGCUUAAAUAAGGGUUUUAUGUUGCUGGCAGGAGAAUUUAAUUACUUAUUAAAUGUACCAUGUAUAAAGUGAAAGAUCAUUUACUCACAUGGCUUUGACAUCAGUGCACAUUUCCCAGUCGCAGACCUUAACCCUGACUCAUCAUCAGAGUCCAGAGUCAGAUGUCUUCUUAGUUAAUUAUUUAGCUAGUAGUAUUCUUUCACAAAUAACUAUCACUUUCCCAUCAGUAUAUUGCUUUAAAUUUUAUAUUUCUCAAAAGAAACUUUCCACAGUUUUAAAAAAAAAAUAUUAAUGCAUCCACACUCAGGGUGUAGGGAAAAUGCUUUCCAUUGAAAACCCUGCCCACCUGUCACCAGCACAAGACAGUUAGAGCAUCAGUGGGAAUUACGUGAUUAUACUAAAGCGAAAAGUGAAAUGCAGUUUUGUUUCCGUUUUUAGCAAAACACCCUGCACACAUUUACUCACUUACUGGAUUCCUGCUCUGAAGACGCAGAUGCAGUGUUGGUCACUCUUGUCACUUUAUUUAUUUAUUAUUGUUUUUUCCAUCCCUGUACAUUCCUUUCACGUGGGUAGGAUUGUAGUUCUAGAAGUUCAUUGUUUUGUUUUUGCUGUAAUGUUUGAAUACUAUUUAAUAUCAGGUUUUAAUAUUGCUGGAUUUGCUAACUUUGGUUACUUGUGCAGUGUUUGAAGUAAUUCACAUUCUUGUUUAAUAUAUAUAUAGUAAAAGCAGCUUUGAGUAAUCGUAGCUGUUUAUUUGUGCAGAAUUACUACAUUAAGAUCUUGUAUAACGGUGACUUUUUUUGGCUUUUCAGUCAUUUAAUAUGUUCAUUUAUCAAAAUAUGAACUUCAGGAUGCACUAUAAUUUUGUUUUUGCAGUGGCUCAAAAUAAACAUUUCAGAAAUUACUUUUGUAAUAAUUUGCAAUUAAUUGUUCUUUUUAUCUUUUAUGAAUUAUUUGUCUGUGAUCUUUCCUCUCCCAACUAAGAAUUCUCCAAUAAACUUAAGAGAUGCCUGGC